AGGAAGUGCUUGUUCCCACGUUGUUGCAGCUGCGGGGAGAAGCUCCGCCAGCAUGGCUACCACCGCCGCCAAAAGAAGCAAAAAACUGGGUGACUUGAGCGUGGAUGAAUUUUUAACGUCCGGAUUUGAUUCUGAUUUGGAAGAUGAUUUAAUAGAAGAUACUCCAAAUUCUGGGGGAGAUGAGAAAAAAAUGUUGCCUUCAGAACUUGGCAGCAAAAAUAAAUCAGGAGGUAAUUUGAUAACGGUGGAAAGGAAAACAAAGAAGGGUCAUGCUUCAGAGCAUAAAGACCAGCUGUCUCGACUAAAGGAACGAGAUCCAGAAUUUUACAAGUUUCUGGAAGAAAAUGACAAGACUUUGCUCAAUUUUGAUGAUUCUGACAGUUCUGACGAAGAGAAGAACCAUCACGUGUUGCCUGAAAAAUUAGAGGAAGCAACUGAUGAUGAAGAUGAGGAAGAAGAAGAAGAAGAAAAAACAGCUAAGCGGAAAAAAAUGGACUUUAUCACAGUGUCAUUGAAAAUGGUGGAACACUGGAAGGAAGUCGCAGAGAAGAAACUCUCUCCUAAGACCUUCCAUGAAAUCACUCAAGCUUUUAAAGCCUGCGUGGUCACCGCCAAAGGGGAAGCAGCGCGGCCGGAUUCUGGCAAAUUCAAAGUCACGGACAGCACAGUCUUCAACACCCUUGUCUCCUUCUGCGUCCGCGACCUCUUUGUUCUUCUGCAAAAAAUGCUUCAGGUGAAACCUGCAAAAAAUAAAUCAAAGAUAGUCUUGCCUUCCUCCAGCCCGUUGUGGGGCAAGUUACGAUUGGACAUCAAAAUGCACCUGGGCUGCACCAUUCAGCUUCUGUCGUGUUUAACCCAAACCUCAGUAACAACAGCUGUCCUCCAGCACAUCAGUGCCAUCGUGCCUUAUUAUUUGAGCUUUCCCAAACAGUGUCGCGUGCUACUUAAGCAAACGAUUCGACUCUGGAGCACGGGCGAUGAAGUUGUCAGAGUUCUAGCUUUUUUGGUACUCAACAAAAUCUGCCGGUAUAAGCAGGAAGCUUAUUUGCCUUCUGUUCUUAAGCAAAUGUACAUUUCCUACGUCAAGAAUUCGAGAUUCACCUCUCCUAACGCUCUCCCCCUGAUCAACUUCAUGCAACGGACGCUGAUAGAGAUGUACGUUCUGGAUCACUCGGUGUCCUACCAGCAGGCUUUCGUUUACAUCCGCCAGCUGGCCAUCCACCUACGCGGGGCGAUGUCUGUCAAAAAGAAGGAAAACUAUCAGUCAGUUUACAACUGGCAGUAC